AUGGCAGAAGAACUGAACCACUCGCUGGAAUAUACACCAACAUGGAUUGUUGCGGUUGUUUGCUCCAUAAUUGUUUUCAUCUCUCUUUGUGUUGAGCGUGCCCUUCACAAACUUGGAAAGUGUGCACCUUAUGUUUUUUCACCAGAAUUGAUGCUUUUAGGGUUCAUUUCCCUCUUAUUAACCGUCUUUCAAGGUUUAAUAAGCGACAUUUGCAUCUCACCGAACCUUGCAACUCAAAUGCUUCCAUGCAAAAGGCCUCAUGAGUCUUCAGAAGGUUCAGAGCAUUAUCAGAUAUACUAUGAUGCUACAAUAAACAGAAGGAGGCUUUUUUCUACUGAUUCUGGUUCAGAUCAUUGCAGGCAUAAGGGGAAGGUUCCAUUGUUAUCAUUGGAAUCUUUACAUCAGCUUCAUAUUUUUAUCUUUGUCUUGGCCGUGGUACAUGCAAUAUUCUGUGUCACCACAAUGCUUCUAGGAGGUGCAAAGAUUAGGGAAUGGAAGACCUGGGAGCUUUAUUAUAGGGACAACAGCACAGAAAUAGAUACCAUUAAGUUCUUCGAACAAAAAGAGCAGGGACAUUGGAGAAAAGCAGCUGUUGUUAGUUGGCUGAUAUCAUUCUUCAAGCAAUUUCAUGGCUCUGUUACAAGGCAUGACUACUUUGCACUUCGGUAUGGAUUUGUCAAGGCACACUACCCACAUGACAUGAAAUAUGAUUUUCACAAUUACAUGCUGAGGACACUUGAAGUAGACUUCAAAAGAGUUGUAAGCAUAAGCUGGUAUCUGUGGGUCUUUGUUGUGCUGUUUUUGCUGUUGGAUAUUGAAGUUUACUGUGCAGGAUGGCACACUUAUUUCUGGUUAGCCUUUUUACCAGUGAUACUUCUACUUCUGGUGGGGGCAAAGUUGGAGCACAUAAUCGCUCGUUUGUAUCAGGAUUCAAUGGAAAUGAUGGGAAGGGAAGGUGCCCAUUCAAUGAAACCAUCAGAUGAAUAUUUUUGGUUUACCAGUCCAACCCUAGUUCUUCACUUACUUCACUUCAUUUUGUUUCAAAACUCUUUUGAGAUUGCAUUUUUCUUCUGGAUUUGGUGCACAUAUGGAUUUGAUUCAUGCAUUAUGGAGAAAAUAUCCUACGUUGUCCCAAGACUUAUAAUGGGUGUAAUUGUUCAAGUGCUUUGCAGUUAUAGCACCUUGCCUUUGUACACCAUUGUGACUCAGAUGGGUAGCAAAGUCAAGACUGAUAAGUUACUUUCAAGUGACUCCCUCAAUACAAGACAGUCCAACCGCAUGAUCAAAGAAUCAACCCAAAUUGAUGAACAAGCAAUAAUCAUGGAAGAUGCAACAUCUAUAAUUGAGCUUCCCCAUGUUGUCCAUUCUCCUUUGGAGAAACCAAAUACAUCCAACAAUUAA